GACACUGCCGCCUCAGCAUCUUCCCCCGACCUGUCAUGCUCCCUCAUUCAGAUGGUAUGUGUUUACACACUCUGAGCUUCAUAAUCACAGUAGCUUUGAUACAGGACAUGUGCAUCGCUAACAGGAAGCAUUGGAUGAGCAAGGGGUCCCGGUCAGUGACGGUCAACCUCUGCAUCGGACGGCUCGAGCGCCCACAGUGAUCGUGUCUCAUUGUUCAGAACUGGCGCGCAGGGAUGAUUUUGGGCGUGCUAUUGCUAUGCGUUCUUUGUGUUUUGAUCGUGAGCGUCACUCGUUCACCGUGCCACUUGAUGAUAGGCCCAUGAUCGCCAUGAAUAAGAAACUCAAGCUUGUCUGCACUUGACAUCUACACUUCGCCCCCUUGCUUCGUCCGUCGAGGCCCUUUUUCCCGCACUCUUUCCCUGAUCUUACUUCUGGCUACUUCUCUUAUCCUAUCCCUAUUUUAAUUCAGUCUCAUUCAUAUCUUUCCAUGGCCGAGAUGACCACGGGCACGCACGAUAAUUCCCUUGUACCACUACCUGACACGAAAGAGUCCAAGCUAGCCUUGGCUUCAAAGGCAGUCGAUCAGGAAAGACAGCCUCUAGAUGCGCGCUUCUGGCUCGUCUUUCUUGGUAUCGGGAUAGCUACAAUGAUUACUGCUCUUGAGCUGUCAGCUGUCUCUGUUGCACUCCCAACCAUUACUCAAGAUUUGCAUGGCUCAUCGUUCAUAUGGGUCGGCUCGGCGUACACGCUAGCAGGGACGGCUUUCAUCCCCCUUAGCGGAGGUCUCUCCCAGCUGCGCCAACAGUCCGCAUUCCCACAGAUCUUCGGAAGACGCAUCGUGAUCCUGUCAUCUCUGGCGAUCAUGGCUUUGGGCAGUGCCCUCUGUGGGUCUGCGAAAAACAUGACCCAUCUGAUUGCAGGACGAACGGUCCAGGGGCUCGGUGGUGGAGGAAUAUCCGCUACGACUGCCAUCAUCAUCUCCGACCUCGUGCCCCUCAGUGAACGUGGUAUUUACAACGGUUUGAUUGGGAUUGCUUGGGCGAUGGCUAGUGGGAUCGGACCUAUUGUUGGCGGCGCCCUCGCUCAGAAGGGUCAGUGGAGGUGGCUCUUCUAUCUCAACAUCCCGAUAUGCGGAGUAGCUGGCGCCAUCAUGAUCCUCUUCUUGCGUGUCCGGGCACCGCCAGGGACCCUGAAGGAGAAGGUACGCAGGAUCGACUGGCUUGGGACAUUCCUUGUCAUUGCCGCGACUGCUGCCUGCGUCAUCGGACUCACCUGGAGCGGCGUCCAAUAUUCCUGGAGCUCGGCGCCGGUGCUAGCACCUCUUAUAAUCGGUCUCGUAGGUAUGGUGGUAUUCAUUAUGUACGAGUGUAUUUUCCCGGAACAUCCACUGGUGCCCUCUGCAUUACUGUCCACGAUCACGGGAGUCAGCGGUUACAUGCAGACGUUCCUCAUGCCAGUAGUAAUGAUCGGAGUCAUCUAUUACAUUCCCGUCUACCUACAAGCAUGCAAAGGCGCCUCUCCGAUCGGUUCCGGCGUAGAUGCGCUGUCUUUCUCGUUGGUCAUCGCGCCCAUUGGUCUUCUCGGAGGCGCGUUCGUCAAUCGCACAGGCGGCUAUCGGGCACCACUAUGGACGGCCUGGAUUAUUCUGAUGGUCGGUACGGGUCUGCUCAUCACCUUGGACGCGGACACACCCCUCGGACAUACCAUCGGGUUUCUCGUACCGUGUGCGCUCGGCUGUGGACUGCUGGCGUUCUCGACUUACUUCCCUGUACUUGCGCCACUGCCCGUUUCGCAGAACGGUCUCGCCAUUGCGUUCUUCAUGUUCCUGCGCAACUUCGCUAUGAUGGUCUCCGUUACUGACAGGUGGUCGAAGGUCUGGGGAGUCACGAUCGGCGGAACUGUCCUUCAGAACGAGCUUCAAAGACACUUACCGCCCACCUUCAUCGCCCAGUUCCCGGAGGGGACAGUCGUUGCGUAUGCCACGAUCCCUGCCAUAGCAGAUCUCCCGGAACCACUACGGACAGAGGUCCGGGAAGCCUUCGCAGUCAGCCUUAAGGUCGUUUGGGAAGUCCUCCUAGCCAUCGGUGGUCUCGGGUUUGUCUCGAGCCUUUUCAUGAAAGCGGUUCCUCUACACUCUGCCGUGGACGAUCAAUGGCGCUUGCAACAGCAGGUAGAGACUCGUCACGAACGACGCGUGCCCUCUGGGCGCGCGGGCCUUCGCUCACUGUUCCCGCGAGUGUACACGGGAGAGCUCGCCGUCCUAGAAUGGCUCGCAUCCUUGUCAGUUCCGCGGUAUUCGCAACUUCAUUGA